AUGAUGACUCCACAAGGCCGAUCAGCGACGGAAUUGGUUGUGUCUCUGGCACGAAAAUUGCAUACCUUUCGUUUCAGGAAUGGACCGCUAACGCAUGUCAUGAAGGUCCCAUCAAAGCCGAUCACUUCUCUUGCCAGCACUGAGAGUCAUCGCGUCUCAAGGUUAAGACUCUUGCUUAUUAACAAAUAUUCUGAGCUUAACCUAGUACUUGAUCUUGUUCCACAAAUCUCCAGCUUCACUAUGAAUUCGGACAACCAAAGCUAUGCUGGUAGUCGAGUAAUAUCCCUUCGAGGUGUUGAGUGGAUGGUCUCUGCAAUUAACGGAGUAUCAACUAAGAUCGCACACUCGAUGCUCGUUAGCGGGAAUACAAUGACGUUGCUCCAAUUCCUGCCCACUGCAGUCGUCAAUGCAUUUAACACUCAUCCUCGAAUGCGAGCGCUUCAAAUUCAAGACCAACUAUUUGCGGCGGAGAUCCAGCCUCCAAUAACCCCGGACAACCUCACCAACUUGCUUCGAGUGAGGAUGCUGUCACCAGCAGACUAUGGAGACGGCACCCCAACGAGCUGGCAAGUUUUUGUGGAGAAGGAGUGUAGUGUUGGCUUCGACCGCCAUAGUCAGUUCCCGUUCUAUCUGUCGGUGUGGGUGGCUAAACGCAAGGACACCGCUCGCCUCACUCUCUUCUCGGACCAGUACAUGUCCGACGGAUUCUCGGGUGUCGUCGUUCUCAACUUCAUCCUGGAGCAGGUAUCAAAACUUGCUAGGCAAGUUGUUGCGCAGCAUCAAACGUCAAACAUGUCGGCUGUCCAGGAGUAUCCACUACGUCCGUCACUCUAUCGGAUGUGGCUCAAGAAGAUUACAUGGAUCAAGCCUCUGCUUAGGGGUACUAACGCCAUAUUAGGUCGACGCAUGUUUCGCGGAAACGUGCGCAAGUUCGCAUCACUGUUGCCGGCUCGAAAGGACCAGGAAGAUUUUGCAGUGCCUCCAGUGACAAACAGUACUAGUGCCUUGUUUGCCGACGGGGAUGGUAAAUGCAUGCGAAGAGCUUUGGUUCGAUGCAAACAGGAGAGUGGAACUCUGGAUGGUGUCGUAGUUGUCGUCAUGCUACUCGCGUUCUAUCGCGUACGUAAUGGCAAGGAACAAGGCGGGCGCUGCAACCCUUUUCGAAUCAUGCUGGAUGUCGACUGCAACAUGCGUCAACUCGUGCAGCAGCCUGCAGAAGAAGACCAAGUUGGACUAUUUACAGCCACUACUACCCUCGACUGGCUUACUUUAGAAGGUGUUGAUAUGCUAACCACGCGAUUCUGGGACUUGGCAAGUCGUGCAACGCAGGAGAUCAAUGCUAAACUUAAAAACACAAUGGCAAUGGCGCAAUCCACCAUCACAGCUGACCAGAAUCUCAACGCUCAGAUGAAUGCGUCUUUUCUCAGGAACAUACGUGUUGCUCAUUCUAUCACGUCCGAUGUCAAAGUUGCUGAAGUGAUCAUAUACCCGUUUGAGAAGCACCACUCGCUCACAGCUUCGUCUGACACAGAUAUACGACGCAGUCUGUUCUUGGCAAAUGAAGCCCAUCAAUCGGUGAUGUCACCGAAUGGAGCAGGAAGUUUGACGAAAUCGCGGCGGCUAGAUAGCGCAAAAUCAAUUCCAAACAAUGUGAUCUCUAUCGAGAGUUUGCACGUGUACAAGGCCCUGCCUCAUCUCGCUCCGUCUGUUACAAUUUUUCUGUCAUCGGUAAACGCAUUUGCCUAUUCCAUGGCGCACAAGAUUGAAUCUGAUGUGGCGAACGACUUAUUCACGGCAUUCGUGUUGAUUUGCGAAAGUUUGGGUGGUAUUCAAAGCGACGAAAACCUAAUGGAUAUUCUCGGUCGGCUGGACGAGUGA